AUGUCUCUUUCAAAUAUGUGCUCUAAGCUUUCUAUCCGGGAGGAGGGAGAAUCCAAAAUUGUCAUUAAUCCAGAAUGGAUUGCGGGUUUCGAUGGUGAAGGUAAUAGUCCUGGUAUUCUUGGCCAUUUGUUUGCUAAGAAGAGAGUUCAUGCUGAAGGACUACGUUCGGCCAUGUUUCAAGCUUGGCACCUGGUGGGUGAUAUGGUGAUCAAGGAGGUUGGGGAUGGGUUAUUCUGGUUCCAGUUUGAAGAUGGUCAGGAGAGAGAUCGUGUUCUUGUCAAUCAACCAUGGUGUUUUAACAGAGCACUAUUGGUUCUUCGACAAUACAAUGGGGAUCAAGUGCCAGAGGAGGUGAAUUUUGAUUUUGGCCCAUUUUGGGUAAGGAUCUUUAGGUUAAUGCUUAAUAUGAUGAAUGAGAUGGUAGGCAAGGCUGUGGGACAGGUGCUUGGGACAGUGAUGGAAGUUGACCCAUAUUGGGGAAGGUUCCUUCGAAUCAGGGUAAAUGUCGAUUUGAAUUUGCCCAUGAAGAAGACACAUGAGGUGGAAACUCCUGAUGGGGAUACUACGGUGACCUUCAAGUAUGAGAAGACACCGGCUUAUUGUUACGUUUGUGAAUCACCGGACAUCAAAUUCAGAAAGAAUGAUGCUCCCACAGACAGUUUCCGAUCAGGUGGAGCCCCGAGCUGGAGACCUAGGGCGAUUGGUCUAUUGAGGGAGGAUGGACUUCCAGCAGUGACGGGAUCAGUGUACGGGGAAUCGGCGAUUGAGGGUAGCAGACGGAGGGUUCAGAACCAGGCGUCUAGUCUAUUGAGGGAGGGUGGACUUCCGGCUAAGACGGGAUCAGUGAACGGGGAAUCAGCGAUGGAGGGAGGCAGACGGUGGUUUGCAAACCACGUGGACAGCGCUUUGCUGAGGGGGCGCCAACUGGCGAGAGGGACCUAUCGUGGAUCUCCUGAAGAAGUUGACUCCCGGUUCCAGGGGAGGGGUGGUGCAAAAAAUAAGCAAGUAGUGGGAAGGGAAGUGAUUCCUAUAAAUGAGAAGGAAGUUGGCAACGUGGAGGCUAUGAAUCCUAUAAGAAGGGCAGUAAGGGAGACACAGGAGAAUCCCAAUUAUAUCCCGUUGUUAGUGGCCGAAGGAUCAGGGGAAUCUUUGACUCCAACAAGAGAACGUGGAAAUACUUUCCAUGGUACUAGGGAUAAAGUUGUUGCAGCUUUGGGCCAAGGGAAAUUUAGUGUUGGGCCAUAUAAAGUGGGCUUGGGUAAUAAUGAGAAAGAGGCGCUUGGGUUGGACCGAAACAAGGGUUUAGCAGAAUCUAAUGUGGGUUGUGUUAAUCCCAAAGCUAAGGAUGCAGGUCUUAAUUUGGGUCCUGCAAAGGAUGUGGGCGAUAAUGAGUCUAAAACCUCAUCUUCUUUUUUUGUGUUCGGCCAAAAUCCUCAGGUGGAGACGAGGAAGAUUCGCAAGUGGAAAAAGAGUGCGAGGGUUUCUCAUCAGUACUCUUUUGAUGUUCUUGAACCAGCGUUUAAUGCUCAAGUCGGACAGAAAAGAUCCAAAGGUUUGUCUAUCAAUGAAGGGGGAUUUGGUAAGAGAUCCAAGGAGACUGAGAUGGAGACAGAGGGUUACAAGGAAGCACAAGUGGUUCGUGCGGAGCAAACUGUUGAUCGUGGAAAACAACCUGUACCAGCGGCGGAGGUGGAUACCAUUUUUGAUGAAAAUUGUGCUUCUGUUUGGCGUUUCACGGGGUUCUAUGGGCAACCAGUUGCUACUCGUAGGCAUGAAUCUUGGAGUUUGUUGAGAAAUUUACAUAGUCAAUGUGAUUUGCCAUGGCUCUGUGUAGGAGAUUACAAUGAAAUUUUGUCUUCUGAAGAGAAAAUUGGAGGUGCAUUAAGACCUUCACAUUUCAUAGAAGCCUUUAGGUCGGUCAUUGAUGAUUGUGAGUUCAUGGAGAUUCUUAUACGAGGGCCAAAGAUGACUUGGAAACGGAGGAUAAAUGGGGAAUUUGUCUUCGAAAGACUUGACCGAUGUUUAGUAUCUCGAUCUUGGUUGAAGAGAUUUAACUUUAGUUAUGAACAACAUAUUCCUUCUAUUAUCUCUGAUCAUUUACCGAUUCUGAUCGGAGUUAGCAAUCAAUGGGAGAAUAUGCAGAGGCAACGAAGAGUAUUUAGAUUUGAGAAUAUGUGGUGCAUGCAUGGUGAGGUGCAGAAUGUGGUUCGAUCGGCCUGGGAAGCAAAUGGGGAGUCGAAUAUCUUGACUAAAAUCCAAAAUUGUGCAGCUGAUUUGGAUGACUGGGACAAGAGGGUUUUUGGGAAUAUGAAGCAGGCUAUUAAAAGGAAAAAGAGAGUGUUUGAUACUGUCUAUGAAUCUGCGCAGGCAGGAGGUGAUUCGUCCGAUCUGCAAAAGUACCAGGAUGAGCUUGAGGAUUUAUACAAACAAGAAGAAAUCUUGUGGAGGCAACGGUCGAAAGCUCUAUGGCUAGAGGAAAUCUUUGCUACGACUAACCCUUCGGAUGAGGAGAUUGAUUGGGUAAUUGACAAGGUACCGAAUCGGCAUACAGUGGAUAUGAAGCAGUUGCUGAAUAUUGAAUUCACAAGAGAAGAAGUGAAGCAAGCAGUCUUUGACAUGCAUCCAAGCAAGGCUCCAGGCCCGGAUGUGUCGCAACGUGCGAAAGGCCCGGCGGGGGAAACUACUUUUGAUGGUUCUUUACGUGGAGUCGCCACUAAUCUUUUUUACCUAGGUGACGUGGAGGUUGAAGGCCAUUCUGAUUAUUCCCUGAAGUAUCGGAACCAAUGUAAUCGUCACAGCAAAGGCUGGAGAAAGCUUGGAGAGUGCUCUUCGACCUUUAUGAAGACCAUUUUGGCAUUUGGGGUCGUUUUAGGGACCAAUUUUCCAAUCUCCCCGGACUGCAAUAUUCUGUCCAGAAUUUCUGCGAUUUUGGAGGCUGUAUUGCGGGGUCCAUAUCUCCCUCAUCCCAAAUCCAAAUCAUGUCGUUCUUGUGCUCAAAUCGAAGCCCUAAGAGUCCUCUACGACCUCUGUUCACAAAGUUUUUCCGUUCGAGCUAUCCAAGGUGAGUCUCAAAGUGCUUUUAUCCUUGAUAGAAUGAUCUUCGAUAAUGCAUUCAUUGCUUUUGAAACAGUGCAUUUUAUGAGGAAUAAAAGGGAGAGUCGAAAGAAGCAUAUGGCGUUAAAGUUGGAUCUAAACAAGGCAUAUGAUAGGGUUGAAUGGCUCUUUUUAGAGAGGAUUAUGCAGCGUAUGGAGUUUCCUGAUAAUUGGGUGGCUCGGAUCAUGAUGUGUGUUAGAUCAGUUUCCUAUUCAAUUUCGAUUAAUGGCGAGCUCAGUGAGAAGAUUAUUCCAACAAGAGGAAUCAGACAGGGUGAUCCAUUGUCACCAUAUCUAUUUCUAUUUUGCAUGGAGGGUCUUUCUGCUUUGCUUCAAGAUGCAGCACGAAAUGGUGAUAUUGAAGGCGUUGCAGUAAAUCGAUUUGCCCCAAAGGUAACCCACCUAUUUUUCGCUGACGAUUGUUUGUUGUUUUUAAAGGCCUCGUUGGAGGAAUCUGAUGUUGUUGGAGAGCUCCUGAGCAGAUUUGCUUUGGCCUCGGGCCAGCAAAUAAAUAUCGAUAAGUCAGCUAUAUUGUUUAGUCAGAACACCCCGCAAGCUUUAAGAGACACUAUCAUGCAGAGGAUGGAAGUGAGCCGAGUUAUUGAAAACGAAAAGUAUCUAGGCUUACCUGUUAUGGUAGGAAGGUCUAGACGGCGUGAACUGCAGAGCAUUAAAGAUCGGCUUUGGGGAGAGAACCAUGAUUGGAAGAAAAUCCAUUGGCAUAGUUGGACUGAUCUGUGUGUGUCACGGAUGGAUGGUGGUCUUGGUUUCCGAGACUUCGAGGCAUUUAACUUGUCUCUCCUAGCUAAACAAUGUUGGCGUUUAAUGACUAAUCCAGAUUCUCUUUGCUACCGUAUUAUGAAGGCAAAGUACUUUUGGGGAUCAGACUUUAUGAGAGCCAAAUUAGGUACAAACCCUUCUUUUAUUUGGAGAAGUUUGCUUGCUGGGAGAAGGGUUUUAGAGGAGGGAAGUCGCUGGAGAGUUGGAGAUGGAGCGAGUAUUUUAGCUCUUAAAGAAAAAUGGAUUGAUAGUCAUCCUAGCUAUAUACCGCGGUUGAAAGCUGAUUUUGGUGAUGAGAUUAAUAAUUUAAGAGUUGCUGACUUAAUUGAUCACGAUACGAGAAGUUGGCAGGUGAAGAAGCUUGAGGAUUUAUUCCUGGAAGAUGAUGUCUUCCUGAUUAGGUGCUUACCUUUACCAGGUCAUUGGAGAAGGGAUUCGCUUUUAUGGAAUUUGGAUCCAAUGGGUCAAUUCUCGGUGAGGUCAGGAUAUGUUGUAGCAAGAAAGGUUUUAGGUAGGGAGGAAUUUUCAGUACAACAAAGAUCUCCCAUUUGGCAUUUAAUUUGGACAGCGAAAGUAUAUCCCAAAGUUCAGUAUUUUGUGUGGCGGGUAGUCCAGUUCUUGUUGCCAGUAACUUCGAAUUUGCGAAUCAGAGGAAUGGAUGUAGUUGAUAGUUGUGUUGUUUGUGGGACUAACUCGGAGACUAUACCGCAUAUUUUCUUUUUCUGUCCACUUAGUCGAGCAGUUUGGUCGUCGUUAUGUCCUUGGGUAGAAGAUUUUUUGGAUGACUGGGCUACUGGUGAUCAAUUUUGGAACAAUCUAUUUAAUAAGGCUGCUCAGUUGGGGUCUUUAGAUAGAGUGUUCUUAACUUUAUGGGUUUUGUGGGGGAAUCGAAAUCGAUGUUAUCACGAUCAGACUUGUGCAACUCGUUCUAAACUUUCUGCCACAAUUGAAUUUCAUCUUAGACAGGUAUCUCGGAUACAAGGGCAAGGACAACGGACUGAGACUCAUAGGAGGGAGAUAGUAUGGACUCCACCAGCUGAAGGUAUAGCCAAGGUGAAUGUAGAUGCAGCUUUUGUGAAUCCCCAAGAUGGAGCGGGUUUAGCUGCGGUGGCUCGAGAUUCCAAUGGAGAGGUGUUAUGUAGUGUAGCUGCCAAGGAUCGAUUUGUCAAGGACUCCCUGUACGCUGAAAUAUUUACAGUUUGUUUAGGUGUUUUAAUGGCAAGGCAGGAGGGGUUCAAUCACUGCGUAAUUGAAAGUGAUUGCUUAAUGGUUGUCUUAGCUCUUAACAAGAAAGGUCGUGUUAGUUGGGAAGGUGACUGUGUUUUAGAAGAGAUUAGGGACCUAGCUUCUUUCUUUGAUUCUAUUUCCUUUGUUCAUGUCAAGAGGGAAGCUAAUGUAUGUGCUCAUAGUUUAGCUAAACAUGCUUAUACUCAUGUAGCUAGCUUUGUGCAGUACGGGAGUCUGCCUCCCGAUGUUUUUGGCCAUGGCCCCCUCAAGGCUUCACGUAGAUCCGCCCCUGUUCGCUACCAUAUUUUGGUUCGCGAGAUUCCACCGUUUGGGUUGGAGGAUUUGAUGGCGCAGGAUCACUCAGUUCUUUCUAGGUGUUGUAUGCCAAAUACAAGGAGUAGUGGUACUAAAGACUUCGUAUUCAAUUCUGAACCUGAACGUACACUCUUUGCACUAAGGAAGGAGAAUUUGCCUAGAGAGCAAGGAGGAGAUUCGUCAACACCAAGUUCUCAAGCUAGCUCUCCACGUUCCACCACUUCUUCUUCAAGUUUGGAAUCACAAUCCCCAAGAGAAAACAUGGCCGAAGAAAACAACAACAAUAGGACUUUGAUGGAACUUGCUGCCCCAAAUGUGACUACACAGCGCUUAGCAAUUCAAUAUCCAACCAAUGAAGAAAAUUUUGAGAUCAAGUCUGGAUUCAUUCAAUUACUACCAAAAUUUCAUGGUAUGCCUGGAGAAGAUCCACAUCGACAUCUCAAAGAUUUUCAAAUUGUUUGUUCAUCCAUGAAGAUGCAAGGUAUUUCUGAGGAGCAAUUCAAACUUAGAACUUUUCCUUUUGCCCUUAUGGAUCUUGCAAAGGAUUGGUUGUACUACAUGCCUAGUGGUUCAAUCACUUCUUGGAUGAGCCUUAAGAAGUUAUUUUUGGAAAAAUUCUUUCCUGUUCAUAAAGCCUCAAGCAUUCGAAAGGAGAUAAGUGGAAUUAAGCAAUCCCAAGGCGAGACUAUGUACGAGUUUUGGGAACGUUUCAAGAGGUUGUGCUCAAAUUCUGCAAGUGGAGGGGCUUUCAUCGACAAGACUCCCACCAAUGCUUGGAUUUUGAUUGAAAAUAUGGCCGCCAACACACAACAAUUUGGUACUCGAGAGAGUUGUGCACAAAGGGAUGGAAACAUUAGAAGAAUCAAUGAAGUCUCAACCCAUUCCUCUACAUUGGAGCAACGAAUUGAAGAAGCAACUCAACAAAUUGCUUUGCUCACUGAUUUGGUCAAAUCGAACUUAUCAAGUGUGUCAAAGGAGACCAUGGAGAUCAUCAAGAAGAAAAUAGGUCAAUUGGCAAGUGAUGUGAGUGAGCUCAAAGCACAAGGCCAAAACAAGAUCCCAUCUCAACCCAAAUUGCCCCCUAAGGAGAAUGUGAAUGCUAUUACCUUGAGAAGUGGAAAGGAGUUGGAAGAACCAUAUCCAACAAAGCCUACAAUGGAUGAAGGGACAAGCAAUGAAGAAGAUGAAUUGCAUGUGCUAGUGAAGGAGAUCAAGAUUGAAGAUGAUGAAACCAAAGCCAAAGAAACUUCUGUGGUCAAGCCCAAAUUGGAUUCAAAGAAGGAACCUUUUCCAACCAAGUCAAGGAAAUCAAUGAAAGAAGAUGAAGAUCAAGACAUCUUGGAUAUUUUUCGAAAGGUCGAGGUCAACAUCCCACUUCUUGAUGCGAUUCAACAAGUGCCAAGGUAUGCAAAGCUUCUUAAGCAAUUGUGUACAAACAAGAAAAGGUUGCAAGGUAAGUUGAAUGUUGGAGCAACAGUUUCUGCUGUUUUGCAAAGACAUUUACCUCCAAAAUGCAAGGAUCCUGAUAUGUUUUCAAUUACUUGCUCAAUUGGAAAUACUAUCAUUGAUAAUGCUAUUUUUAACUUAGGAGCAUCUUUAAGUGUCAUGCCUUAUUCUUUCUAUCAAACUUUAAAAAUUGGUCCUUUAAAAUACACCGAUGUUGAUCUUCAAUUGGCCGAUGGAUCUUUGGUACAUCCCAAGGGUGUGCUAGAGAAUAUUUUGAUUAAAGUGCAACGUUUAAUUUUUCCUAUUGAUAUUUUUGUUAUGGAAAUGGAAGGAGAAAUUACAAAGGAUCAAUGCCCUCUUUUAUUAGGAAGGCCUUUCCUAAGGACUUCUCACACCAAAAUCGAUGUUUUUGAUGGCUCAUUGACGAUGGAGUUUGACGGUGAUGUAAUUCAUCCCAAACUUUCAUCAAAUUUAUCUUUGAAAACUAAUGAUUUUGUUUGUGUAGUGGAAAAGUGGGUAAAGAAAGAGUUAGGUACAACAUCUUCACCCAUGACAAGUGAGCAACUUUCAAAGGGGAGACAAAGGAUUACAAGCUUUCGACAACGCAAGGAUGAGAAUUUCCACCUAGCUUGGGAGAGAUUCAAGAAACUUUGUGCCGAUUGCCCUCAACAUGGCAUUUCACAACAAGUUUUGAUCGAGUGCUUCUAUCAAGGAUUGGAAGUCGAUGAUCAACUUCUUGUGGAUAGCAUCAACAACAUACCCUUGUGUGAUCGUACUGUGAAGGACGCAUAUGAAGCAUUGGAAGCUUUGACUCAAGCAAUUGCACCUCCAAGUUGGAUCAAGAAGAAAAACAAAGAGAAGCUUGGAGAAAGAGGCAAAAUUUCCAUCAAGGAUUGGAAGUCGAUGAUCAACUUCUUGUGGAUAGCAUCAGCAACAUAA